AUGAAUACACUAAGAGGAAUAAUCUUAAUUUUUUUACUGCUGGCUAUUAUUACUUUUAUUCCCUUGACUGGUGCAACCGACAAUUAUGAUCCUUCCGACCCGAACACUUGGUCUUCACGUGAACUAAAGGAGUGGUUAGCAGAACGUCGCGUGUCAUACACUGGCAUUCCGGAAAAGCAUGAUUUAGUCCUAUUAGUGAAGGCACAUUGGGUCGAUGUUAAAGAUCAGGCCAAGUCUACUAAAGAAGCCGUAAAAAGAUUUGUAACGAAAUACAUCGAGGCGAUCAAAGAUACUGUCUCUGGUACCAAUGAUAAAAUCUCCGACUAUGUCGGUCAAUUGACGGAUCAAUUCGAAGAUGUCAGGCAGUAUGCGGGACUUACCGAAGAACAAGUUGGAUUGGUUUUUGAUCAGCUUAACGAGAAGUUGAAAGGAACAAAGACUUCAGAAGAUUUAACGAAGAUUCUCGGACAGAUCAAACAAUCUUACGCGUCAGCUAAGGCUCGCCGUGAUAUUCUCAUUCAAGAAACCAUCACCAAAAUUCAAAAUGACCUACGCAAUAACGAAAUCACCCAGGAGACGAUCGAUUGGUUUAAAGAAGAAAUCCGAAAUUUUGGAGGAGAUAGUGAGGCUUUCUCCCGGGAACGUCUUGGAACUCAAGCAAGUUUAAUAUUACAAGGUGUUCAGGAAAAAUUGACUCAACUUAACGCUACCACGGGUGAACAAACCAAAAUGGUAGUUGAUAAGCUGAAAUCGUCAGUUGAAGAUAUAUGUCAACCAAUCAAUGGGAGAUUUGAGAGAUUACGUAAAGAACUUUCUGAUACCAUUGGCGGAACGGCCGAGAGUGUCGUAGAAGAAUUGAAGAGUCAGUUUUCCACAGUCAAUGAUUAUCGUCUUCUUACCCAAGAAAAUAUUCAAAGCGUGAUCGAUCACAUUGGGCAAAAAUUGCAAGACGGCAAGACGGUCACUGUUGAACAACUUCAAAAUGUAAAAGAUAUUGUCAAAAGAUUUUUCGGCACUUUCAAGUAUUAUUAUAAUACGGCCACUGGUCAAACGAAACAGACAGUACUUGAGACUAAGGAGGCGCAAGAGGAGCGGUUAAAUAAAAUUAUUGCAACAAUACAAAACAGAAUUAAUGAAGCAAGGAAAAAACGCGAUCAACAAUUGGAACAAGUAUUAAAAACGAUUGAAAACGAUCUAACAGCAACUCAUCAACUUACAGUUCAACAAGUGGCGGUUUUGUCAGGUACCGUCAAAGAGCAACUAGGUAACGUCCGGUAUGCACGUGACCUUACCGAGGAUAAGGUGAAAUCAUUUUUGGAUGUGUUAAAGAGUAAAUUAUUGGAUGUAAAAGACUAUGCGGAAGAAAGUUACGAGGCGGCCUAUAAUAAAGUGUCUGGUGGCUAUGAUGCAGCAACUGAUAAGUUGGGUGAAGGUUUUGACAAGGUGAAAGAACAAAUGAUGUCACAUAAGGAUGAAUUGUAA